CGCGGAGCCGAUCGCGCCCAGCGCAGCCGAGCGGCGGAGUUACAUUGUUGGGAGUUUGCAACAACUCCGCGGCCUCGUCUGCGCGCCCGGCGCUGCGCGGGGCCGCCGGUGCGGGGCUGCAGCCUUCCCCGCCUCCUCCUCCUCUCCCUCCUCCUCCUCCGCCCCUUGGGCGCUUUUUUUUUUCCGCCCCCUUCCCCCCCCCCCCCCCUCCCCCUUUCGCUUUGAUUUCGCUCUCCUCCCCUCUGCGCGCCCUGCGUGUGUGUGUGUUUUUUCGCCGCCGAUCACCACCAAGCCCCUUGGCAUGAGUUAAGCACCAGCUAUGGACACCAAACACUUCCUGCCACUGGAUUUCUCCAACCAAGUGAAUUCCACGUCCCUGAACUCUCCCACGAGCCGGGGACCCAUGGCCACCCCAUCCCUCCACCCGUCCAUUGGGCCGGGCAUCGGCUCCUCGCUGGGCUCCCCGGGCCAGCUCCACUCGCCCAUCAGCACCCUGAGCUCGCCCAUCAAUGGCAUGGGACCUCCGUUCUCCGUCAUCAGCUCGCCCAUGGGACCGCACUCGAUGUCCGUCCCCUCCACCCCCAGCCUGGGAUUUGGCACCAGCAGCCCACAGCUCAACUCACCCAUGAACCCCGUCAGCAGCUCAGAAGACAUUAAGCCACCCCUGGGGCUCAAUGGAGUCCUCAAAGUGCCAGCACAUCCCUCAGGAACGAUGGCCUCCUUCACCAAGCACAUAUGUGCCAUCUGCGGGGACAGAUCUUCAGGUAAACAUUACGGGGUUUACAGCUGCGAGGGCUGCAAAGGCUUCUUCAAGCGCACGGUGCGGAAAGACCUCACCUACACCUGCCGCGACAACAAGGACUGCUUGAUCGACAAGCGCCAGCGCAACCGCUGCCAGUACUGCCGCUAUCAGAAGUGUUUGGCGAUGGGGAUGAAGCGAGAAGCCGUCCAGGAGGAGAGGCAGCGGGGGAAGGACCGCAACGAGAAUGAGGUGGAGUCAACAAGUAGCGCUAACGAGGACAUGCCCGUGGAAAAGAUCUUGGAAGCUGAACUCGCCGUGGAGCCAAAGACAGAGACGUACAUUGAAGCAAAUAUGGGCUUGACGCCGAGCUCGCCCAAUGACCCGGUGACGAACAUAUGCCAGGCAGCAGACAAGCAGCUCUUCACCCUGGUGGAAUGGGCCAAGAGGAUCCCCCACUUCUCCGAGCUGCCCCUGGACGACCAGGUCAUCUUGCUCAGAGCAGGGUGGAAUGAGCUCCUAAUCGCCUCCUUCUCCCACCGUUCCAUAGCCGUGAAAGAUGGGAUCCUCUUGGCCACCGGGCUCCACGUGCACCGGAACAGUGCGCACAGCGCUGGCGUCGGGGCCAUCUUCGACAGAGUACUGACAGAACUCGUGUCAAAAAUGCGGGACAUGCAGAUGGACAAGACAGAGCUAGGCUGCCUGCGAGCCAUUGUCCUCUUCAACCCCGACUCAAAAGGUCUCUCCAACCCGGCUGAAGUGGAGGCGUUACGGGAGAAGGUGUACGCGUCGCUAGAGGCAUAUUGCAAACACAAAUACCCUGACCAGCCUGGGAGGUUCGCAAAGCUCUUGCUCCGUCUCCCAGCCCUCCGGUCCAUCGGCCUGAAAUGCCUGGAGCACCUCUUCUUCUUCAAGCUAAUAGGCGACACGCCGAUCGACACCUUCUUGAUGGAAAUGCUGGAAGCGCCCCAUCAAAUGACUUAAAGAACUGCUGCUGGGUCAGUCCCUCGCCCGGCCGGGGUCCCGCGGGGCCCUGUCCUCUGCUUUCCUCCACCACCGUCCCAGCCCGUCCCUCCCUCCUGUCCCCAGCGCUGGAGGCACCGUCUGAUCCGGGGUGACCCCCCCGCCGUCCUCGCCUCCUUGUUGCCUUCACCCUUGUCCGUUUGCUGUCACUGCUGCAUCUCAAGACCUGCUCGCUGGUUCCCUGCGCUAGAUGUAGAGAAGUUGGAGUGGAGAGAGCUCGCCACCCGCCGCCCUGGCUCGCGCCCCUGCCCCGCUCCCCACCGUGCCAUGUGUUUUGGGGUGAGCCACCGGCCGGGCUUCCCCCGGGGCAGGAAUGGGGACAGGGACGGUCCCAGCCCUUGGGGCAGUGGGGUUUGGACAGGCCGAGGGGAGUGCUUGAACUUGCCGGACUGCAGCUGGCUAUUUUCAGAGGAUGGAGUUUUUGAAAAAGAGGAAAAAAAAAAAUAUCUAUUUUUGGUUUCUAACUAUUAUUAGUAGUCUCGGUAGUUACUUCGCGGAGGGAGGGGCAGGCUGGAGAGGCAGCCCGUGCCCUGUGGAUGAGUCACCCGUGGCCGCACAGAGCCUUCUCCUUUCAGUUAAAAGCAGACGAUUUGGGAUUGAGCUUUAUUCGCCCUCAAAUAACGAGGCAACUGGUGGCAUGGGUAGCUGGGCUGCCCUUUCUUCCUCUGUGCAGAGGGUCCUAUGGGUGGCAGCACCUGAAAAAUCCCCCCUUGCCAUCCCGUAGGGCAGCCGGGCAUCGCUGCUCUGCCAAAAGCUGCCUCUGUGCCGGGUGUGGAGCUGCCCACGUGGACACAGCCAGCUGGAGCACUUACUUUAAGGCUUCCAGGGGUUCGGCAUUGCCCUUCCCCAGCCCGCGGGGUCUUGCUGGACCCCUGCCCUCAGCUCUGCGCCCAGCAUCCCGGCACGGCCCCGCUCCAGGGCUCAGUCCAGCCCUCCUGCCAGCCCCAGCCUUCAUUGCACCGGCUGUUGCGUUGGAGGAGCAGGAGCUGGGGUGUUGGCAAUGGCUCCUUCUUGCUUUUUCAGUCCUGAUUUGAUUCAGUGAGGUUGGAGGGGUGUUUCCAGCUGAUGGGGUGGGCUUGGACAAAUGCUCUGUGCCUGCAUUGCAGGAACACAGCAUCCCUGGGUACCACAGGGAUUUCUUCUGGGCCAGCACCUCUUGAUUCAGCAGCUGCCAUGCAAAACACUGCAAGGCAACAAUUAGCUUGGCUAGGCUGGUAAUUGUGGUUGUUAAUUAGUGGUGAAGCAAAAACAGGGGUCCCCUUAGUCUCCCCUGUUGGGCAGAGGUGCAAGGGCUGAGAGGUGCUGCCUGGGUGGGGAAUGCAGCCUGUCCAGGAUGCUUGAGAGCACCGAAAGCACUUUGGAUUUUGCACAGUCUUUUCUUUGAGCCUUGGUGUGACAACAGGGAGAUGGACAGGUUUUUGGGGAUUGGGGACACAGUACCAGGAAUGUACCCACAUCCCACAGGGCAGGAUCCCCCAGCCAGGGUGCAUUUCUCUUUCACAUCCCUGUUUCAUUCUCAUCAGGUGGCUCCAGAGCCCCACUGAGAAAAUGAGUUAGAGAAAGAUAAAAAGGCAGAGCAAGCGGUGAGGGAUGUUGGGGAGGGUUUUUUCCCCCCUUGGCAGGACGGACUGUCCCGAACACACCAUGGGGUGGGUGCUUGGAGCCAAGAACUGGCCUGGGGCCAAGGGCUUCCCCACCGCUUUUGUGUCUUUUGUGCUUUACAAUGGCAAAGUAUUAGGUCCCAAAGGUAUUUCUUGCUCCCUGUGGGUGGCAGCUGGCUCCUCAAACAUCUUCGUGCCUGGCGGGGGAUGGAGCAGUGCCCACCAGCUCCCACCUCUGUUUUUGAGGGGACACAGUUGUCACCCGCCUGUUGUCAUCACGCCUGGCAGCUCAAGUCCCCAGCUCCAUCCCCUGCUGUUAACCAGGCCGUCUCAUUGCUAAAUAAAUCCUCGGGAUUUCAGGUCAUAACUUUCCCUUAGGCUGGCCUGAAGUGGCAAAUCCACGGCGACAGGGAAAGUGUUUUGGCUGUGUUUCUCCAGCAGCCUGCAUGCCGCCGAAAAUAUUAUUAAACAGCUUCACCCUGCAAGAAUUUGCCAAGAAAACUAGGCAAGAGAAACGAAAUAUGUAAAGGGUGCCAGUAAACACGAGGAUGCUGUUCCUUGCCAGCGUAAGGCUGGCGCAGCCCCCGGGGGGGCUUGCCGGGAGGUUUUAGCUCAGCCCUGAGCCAAAACAGCCCCUGGCCCAGCUCUUGCUGGUGGAAAGGAGCCUGGAGGAGCUGGCUGGAGAGAGUGAGGGCGCUUUGUGAAAGAGUAGGUGGACAUUGCACUGGAAUAAACCCGCUGUCCUCCUCAGUUGGGUGGAACCACAUUUUUCCUGAUUGAUGGCUCAGAAGGGGCUGUUUGGUGCUGGGUGUUGAGCUGUGGUGGCUCCCAUCUCAUCCCAUCCAUCUUAUCCCUUCUUAUCCCAUCCCAUCCCAUCCAUCUCAUCACAUCACAUCUCUUCUUAUCCCAUCCCAUCCCAUCCCGUCCCGUCCCGUCCCGUCCCGUCCCGUCCCAUCCCAUCCCAUCCCAUCCCAUCCCAUCCCAUCCCAUCCCAUCCCAUCCCAUCCGAGUUAGCAUUUGACCCGAUAAAGAUAAAAUGCCACGAGCAAGGGGGUGUCCACAGCAAGCAGUGUGGUACAAAGGGGACAGCUCUGCGGGCUGGUGCUCUCAGUCAGGACAUGUGUCCCCGUGCCUCAGUUUCCCUGCUGGAGGAGUGCUUGGGGACAGGCUGAGCGUUGUCCUGGGCUUCCCAUUUUUGGGAGGUGUGGAGGGAGCCCCUGCGUUGCUGUAACUCAACUCCAUUGCUUUCAGUAGAGCUCUGAUGAUUGUGACCAGCCCCCCUGUGCUCCUUCUCUCACCAGCCCAGCCCUCCCCUGCAGAAGGAGAAACUUCUGUGCGUCCAGUAACAUCUGCCACAGCAGCCUUAAAGCAACGUGCUUUUGCAUGAGUUUGAGUCUUUCAUUUGUAUUCUUUUUCACUUUAGACUUUUUUUUUUGUUGUCCUCAUCGUAAUAAUGAUAAAUAUACUACAUGCUUGUUUGGAGAGGUGAUACAUGGGUAAAAGAAAAAAAAAAAGGCACAUUAUUCACUAGAGAGGUAGGACUUUCAUUUAACCGGAUCUUAGUACUCUUGCAAAAAUCUGGUUUGAUUAGGGUGAUCUAUUUUUUAAUUAUUUUUGGUUUUUUUAAUUCCUUUUUGUUGGUGGGACAAUCUUUAAUUUUCUAAAGAUAGCACAAACAUCAGCUUUUCAGCCACCCCGCCUGCCACCCUGGCUGUUCCUCGCUGCCUCCUUGCGUGUGCACGUUUCCAACCCAGCCCUGACCCCAACCCAGCAGCACCCCGGGGGAUGCAGGAGCUCCCCGAGCAUCCCUCAGCACCCCGGGGCUGAGCAUCACCACCAGCUGGGGCCCCAGGGGCGGAGUGACAGGCAAAGGACCUUCAUGUCCCCAGUGCCCGGGGGUGGGUGUUCGGAGGCCAAACUGAUCCCCCAUGAGUUCGCCAGCAGCUUCUCUGCACUUUGCACCCAGUGUCCCCCCCGUCCUCGGUGCCCACCCCGGGGACACAAGCGGUGCCACCGCUGGCUGGGGCAGCUCCUGCGCCCAAAUGGGGUGACGGUGGCUCAAGAGCUGAUGCUGUCCCCAUCAGUGACAAGCGUGCAUGAGCUGGUUUAAGUUGAGACAUAUGUGUGUGUGUAUACAUGUAUGUACUGUAGAUAUAUACACUGUAUAAAUAUCCUCACUCACAUAUACAUAUAUUAUAACCGUAGCAAUUACAGACUUUUUGUGUUUGUUUUUUUUUGUUUGUUUUAAGUUGAUUCUUUUUUCCUAUUUUUUCUUGCCUUUAUUAUAUGUUUUGGUUUUUUUUGCUUCAUGUGAGUACAUUGUAUCCGAAGCCCUUUCUGAAUUGGCAGAUGCCAAAUCUGGAUCUUUAUUCCUCGAGACAAAGGAACUGCAUCUAUUUUAAGAUGCCUUUUUGGUUUGUUUUCGUUUUGUUUUUGUUUUCCUUUUGAGCAGCAGGUGGUUUUGAGCAAAAAUAGCUUUAGCAAUUCCCAAUAUUUAGUGAUGGAUGCCUUGGCUAUGGGAUGCAUAGCUAAAACAGUAAAAUACAUUAAAAUUUAGAAUGACAAAAAGAGAAAAGAUAAGGAAAACUAUCUAAAGCAUCAAUAAAGUUAAAAAUCUAUUUUUGUACAAAUGUAAUUUUAUCCCUUACGUAUUCUUGGAUAUUUUCUUUCUGGAUUGUUUUGUUUCUUUUACAGAGAUUGUUAUGAACUCUCUCUAUUUCUCUCUGUCUCUUCCUCUCUGUAAAUGUUCAACCGCAGGGGUCUGGAGGAGAGGGAGAACGUUUUGACCGUAUUUUAAAGGCUUUAUAUGAAAUCUCUUUUGAAAUCAUUUUUUUGAAUGAACUUUUUAUUUUUUUCCCCCACUUCCAAAAUCCUUUUCGGGGGGGGGUGGGGAGGGGGGGCGGGACGGGCUGAUCUGGGGUUGUCUUUUGUCACGUAUAUCUGGCGUUCCCGCAGGUCUGUUUUACUGUGAAAUCACUACCGUAUAUUAUUAUUCACUUAAAAAAAAAAAAAAGGAAAAAAAUAAUAAAAAACACAAGAAUUGCUGCUGGAAACGCCCGAAUUUUGAUGAACAAUUGUAUUAGAAUUGUGGAAAAACAAAAAAAAAAAAAGAAAAAGAAAAAAGGAGAAAAAAAAAAAAAAAGAAAGAAAAUAUAUGAGCAUUUUAAAA